AUGCCGAGCGACCAACGCGAUCGCAUUGACCCCGCGCGUGCGAACGGUUCUCGCACCGAACGCGCGCGUAAACCGCCGUCAAAGUACGAACCGACCAUGCGGUCGGAACAGGGCGGAGAUUACGCGCGACGGCAGCGAGGGGGCGAUGUCGGGGCGGCGGAACCGUCGUCGUCGUCGAGGGACUCGGACGCAGAGAACGAGGCGGCGGCGGCGAAUGCGACGGAGCUCAAGCGGAAAAAUUAUAAGCGCGGUGACAGCGGUCAUGACGCGAAGAAGCGCGCGCGAAGGAUGGAUACGAAGAGUGGAGUCAAGACUUCGGUUAAGUUGAGCGGUACGAAGAUGGCUGGGGCGAUGGCACGAUCGCCGAACGGAGUAGAUAUCGCCGACACGCCGAGACAGCGACCGACGAACAAUCAGCUCUUGUAUCGCAUCAACUUCAACUGGGAGCACUACGAACACGCCCUUCCAGCCUCGGUGCGAAAGGCGCUUCCAAGGUGCACGGAGGCGUGCGCGUCGGUAACGUCGGCAUUCUUGCAGACACUCAAGGCGCUGGACACGGCGGAGAGCCAACGCACAAAGAAUCCGCGAAACAUCUUGCAGCUUUUGAGCGUCAACACGCGAAGGACCAAGGUCGUCGCUUUGAACGCGGGCACGCACAGAGUUCCCGAUGAGCUGCGCCGGCAUCAGUUGACCGACUCUGACGGGAACGAGUACUCUACAAACCUUGAUCGUAACCGUUACGGCAGCGACAACAACUACUUGUACACGGUGACUCGUUUCAAUCUCCAGGCGCUCGAGCUGUGUCCCCUCAUGGCGCAGGUACAAAUCAUCGGCACCAAGGGCUCCGCCGACGACGUUUUGCUCGGUGCGGACAAGUCUGAGUGUAGCUGCGGAGGGAACCGCAAGAUGUUGUCGAACCACUGGACAGUGCCGGCGUUUGUGCUCCCAUCGCAAAUGCCGACCACGAUCCCCAAGUCAACGCUCGCGGCCAAGGAUAGAAGCCGUAAGAAGUCUCGU